ACUUACCACCUUUCUCUUCAGUGUUCUUUGCCUUUCAUGUUUGUCAACUUUUUCUUGCUUCCAUAGUCCAUGGCUUGUGUUCAAGUUAUCACAGCCCUUCUCUUUGCAUUGGCUCUAGCCAGAAUUCAACCCUCAACAUGCCAAAUGCUACAGGGCAAAGUCUCCUGCGUUGACUGCACUCACAACUAUGACUUAUCUGAUAUUAAGGUCUCAGUGAUGUGUGUUGGUAUGAAAAGGCUAGCUGUGGCAACUACAGAAAAUGAUGGCUUCUUCAAGGUUGAACUUCCCUCACACCAGACAAAACCUUCUAAAAGUUGCCUUGCAAAACUUCUUGGUGGGCCAGUUCAGCUUUAUGUCUCAAGGAAAAACCAGGUAUCCCAAAUUAUCAAGGACAAAGAGCAAAACAGCUACACCCUCUCCACUCCUCUUAGUUUCAGUACAUCAUGCCCCCAUAACACAAAGUGCAAGAAAGCAAAACAGGUUGGUUCAUCCAAAACCGUGGAUCUUCCUCUGCCUCCAGAGUGGGGCUUGGCACCAAGUAGCUACUAUGUUGUUCCUUUCUUCCCCAUCAUUGGAAUACCUUGAUCAUGUGCUCAAGACUUGAAGUGAUUUGUGAUCACUUGAGUAAGUAAUAAUGCUUGUUGUAGGGUAAAAUAGACUGCUAUUUGAUCUUGUUUGUUACAUAUCAUUAUAGAUGUGUCAUGUGUAGUGUGAAAGAUUAAUGCAACUUAUGUAGUGGUAUGUAGUGCAUGAUAGUCUGUGAAGAAGAUAAUAUCCUUGCUUGAAUGCAGAUAAAUACUGUAAUGGUUUGUAAACUUAUGUUGCCUUUUGUUAUAUAUGAUAUUUUGUUAAUCAUAGAA